AUGCGCCCUAGAAGACUCAUUGCUCAGACAUCUAGUCGUCUAUUGACUCGCGGUAGACUUUUUAUAUCAUUUAUUCUUUUCAUAUGGUUCCUCUUUUAUCAUCUUCCAGCUCCUCCUUCUACCCAAAACAAUACCCGCGCAGACCGACCACCUCCAGAGCAUCAAGUAGAGGACAAGGCACAAUUUCUCUUCCGUUCUUUCUUUCGAAACAAUCCGGCUAUUGAUUUUGAAAAACAGCUCUCGCGGGCCCUGCAGAGGAUUGAAAAGACUGUAUUGGCACAAAAUCAGGAAAAAAACAUAGCCGAAAAUAGAAUCUGGCAGAUAGCGAAAGAUGAAAAGCACCGGGGGGACGAUUCGAUAAUAUUUCAACAUAAAAACAAGGAAUGGGCAUACACUUUAGUCAAUGAUAUCAAGGCCCUCGAGUUUGUGACCAACGAGCUAUCCGCCAUUUCUGAAAUUGCAACCAUAUACAAAUCCUACCCUCACAAUGUCCUCCGAGCAGACUUCCUCAGAUACCUCCUUCUCUGGUACUACGGAGGCUUCUACGCAGACAUCGAUGUCUUCCCCGCUCGGACCAUAAAGACCUGUCCAGCACUAGAAUCAUUCUUCGCAUCCCCACCGGACGAAUACACCCAAUACAUCCAUCCCGAUGUAUCGCUCGUUGUCGGAAUCGAAGUCGACGAGCCGUACGCUUCACCACAGUUAAUGCACGACUGGCACUGGACAAGAAGCUACGGACUAAGCCAGUAUACCAUGUAUGCACCGCGACGUUUCAGCCCGCUCCUCCGUGAAACCAUCGUGAGGGUCAUAGCACAUACCAUGCAAUACAACAAUGGACGUAUGGGCUUUUUCCCCAGUCUGGCAUAUGACGAGAAGGCUAUUUUAGGAAUUACGGGACCUGAUGUCUUUACGGAUGCAAUUCUCGAGACGCUUUCUUCUUCGCUUCCUGAGACACAUCCGUUCGUUGAAGAAUCUGUCGAUGCAGAUAAGAAUAUAGGGGAUCUCAUCGAUUCUGAAACUGGAGAGGUGCAGAAACGGGUAACGUGGGCGCCGUUCCAUAGACUCCGUGAUACUGUCUGCAUCCAGGCUGGUGAGGCUGUCUCAAGGGAGUCCAUGGGUGGACUGUGCGUGUUGCCAGUUAGUGUUUGGGGAAAUGGACAGAGACAUAGCGAGGCGGGUGGGUUUAAUCAUCCUAGUGCGUGUAUCAAUCAUCGAUUUGGGAGGACAUGGAAGAAAGGGUGGUGGGAGUAUAUAUUUGGGUGA